AUUCGAACCGAAGGACUAGGAACCGGCCGAGGACAUAUUGAUGCUGCUCGACGCGCUGGAGGACAUCGACAACCACUGCAGUGAGAUUGGCCCGGACAGUGGAGUUAUCAUCACGACACUCCGCCAAGCUGUGUCCCUGGCAUCCAGUGCCGCAGCCGUACAGCUGCUUUCGAUUCGAUAUCAACCUGGCGGCGCGAUAAAGGCGCGGAAAUGCCUGCCUCGUGCGUAAUACUGGAUUGCAAUCUAAAAUACACACAUACACAGGAGGUGUCGUUUCACAAGUUUCCGUUCAAAAAUCCCGAGCUGCUGAAGCAGUGGAUCGCAUUUACCGGGCGCGACGCAAGCUGGUACCCGACUCAAUGGAGCACCAUUUGCAGUCGGCACUUUCAGGCCACCGAUUUCAGGGAGUGUCCGUACCGGAAAAUGCUCUGCAUCAAUGCGGUUCCACUGAUACGGGACGGCAGUGGGUUAAGGGAAACCGAUAUCGGCACCUCCGUGUACGAGAUAAGCACCACGGAAGAGAUACUACAGCGGCACGAUGGCUGCUAUCAGCCGGAGGAGCUGGAUUUCUCCGGACAGAACGAGUUUCAGUGCCCACCCGGGAUCCGGUUAAUAGAGGCAAUCGACGAAGAGCUGCAAGAAGAUGACUUAGCGGAGAUCACUUGCCGAGUGUGUGGCGUAGUGUAUAGCCGUGCGGCCGACAAGCUGCUGUCCGAUCUAAGCCAAUCCGCCGGCGUUAUAGGCAAAUAUCUACCCUUCGUGAAUCUGGAUCUACCGAACCUUCCGCGGAAGAUUUGUGGUGAAUGCUUGAAGAUGGUGAAUGGAUUUUCGACAUUUUGCGACAACAUAUUGCGAGCACAAACGGACCUGGAGCAUCGCUUUCUAUACGAUGGGUCCGUCGUUGCCGAGCCAUCUCCGGCCUCUGCUUCGAUCCGAAGCGCUCCGGAUGCCGCCAGUAAACCGAUGAAAAUAAAACAGGAACCCAUCAAUUUCAUCAAGGAGGAGAAGAUCGAGGGUGCCAAUAGUGGACACCUGCGGAAGGAGAAGGAAUUAGCGGCACCGGAAGCAAACCCGACCGCAAGCGGCAUGUUUUUCAAACCGUUCCAAACCUUUGCCAACGACAAAAAUCGCAUCAUUCUCUUCGGUAACGCCAGCGGUAAGGAUCGGUCGAGCGAUACGCAGCGGGAUUCGUCGAAAAACUGCGAAAUCCUCGAGAUAGUGAACCUCUACCCACCGAUCGUGGACAUUACCAGUGCCACGAUCACGGAGAUGCAACCGUACGAGAACUCGCUGCAGCCGCCACUGCUGCCGGCCACUGCGACCGGAGCACCGAUGAUGGGUGGCAGACUGAAGGUGGAGAACACGGCCGAUGUUGAGGCGGACCUGGAUGAGUACUAUCAGCCCGAUCUGCCCGAUACGCUGCACCUGAUCAAUACACUCGAGGAACACAGUUAUACGAAACUUCCGAUUCAGGCGGACGAUAAGGAUGAAAUUUUUAACGAUCUUAAAACCGGCAACCCGCAUCAAGCGGACGGUACUCGGGUCACUCGGGAGGUGAAGUGCAUCGAAGACAACGAACCUUCCGGUGUCGGUUGGUUAUGCGGUGACUGCGGCCAAGCGUUUCGCAUGCACCGUGAAAUGCUGUGCCACCGAAUGCUGACGUGUCCCGUGCGUCGAAAGGUCGGUGGAUCGGUGGCUGCCCAGUGCUGUCGGUGGUGCAAGCGAAAGUUUGCCUCGGCACACAGGCUUCGAGUGCACAGGAUGGCAGCACUGUGUCCGAAGCGACCACAGAGACGGAAACUGUUCGACCUGAAAGCGAUCCUCGCACGGGACAAAGCUCCACCGGCGCCAGCAGUGAUCCCACCGGCCAUCGCCAGUACCGACAACGCUUCCGUACCUCUCGGUGGCGACGGUCCGGUAGAGGACACACGCUACCCUUGCUCGAUGUGUGAUAGAACGUACGUAUCGCUGUCGAACAUGCGCCGCCACAUGGCCACGCAUCGGCCCAUGGCCCAGUGGAACCACAAGUGUGGUAUUUGCUUGAAAAUCUUCGACAAACUGCUCGAUCUCAAGAAACACCUGCACAUCUCGUUGUGUGGUAAUCAAACCAUCAAUCCGCGCGAGGAUUCGCCCACCGACCCGGCGGUUGGCGACUCGGCAACGGUGGGAAACGUAGAGUCGUCGCAGGCGCAGAUCGAUCGGCUGCUGUACGUGUGCUCCACCUGCAACAAGCACUACCGAUCGUACAACAGCCUCAGGGUGCACGAGUCCGUGCACACCGGCAUCAAGGCGUACAUCUGCGAGAAGUGCGGCAGGCGGUUCAGUGGCCAAAUGAAUCUCUUGCAGCACCGGCUAACGCACUCCGAGAUCCGCCAGUACCACUGCGAGCUGUGCCCGAAGGUGUUCAAGCGGAAAGGUGGUCUCAGCCAGCACGUGCGGAGCGUCCACCUGCAAAUUCGCCCUUUCCAGUGCGAAACGUGUGGUCACCAUUAUGCGCUCAAAGCCGACAUGGCACGGUGUCGACAUUCCAAGCUGAAAGAUGCCGUCAACUAUUAGGCAAUGCUAUAAUAUAAUGCUUCGGUUCCGGUGAUCUUAAAUCGGUUCAAUUUUAUUUAGCUCUUUCGCAAUAUCCGUCACAAUUCUUUUGCAGGGCAGUGUGCCAAGAUCCUCUCGUAAAAUUCGCAGCAAACAUCUCGGCGAAAUGGCCAAUGGUGGACGGUUGUUCGCAUACACUUUCAGCUCCAGGAGGAAGAAUUUUUUUUGCAAAUUUCGUACAGUUUAUCUUGAAGACUCGCCACUUUGGAAA